CUCGUGUCUUCCCUGUGAUCUCGGGCUGGCGGCGGGAUAGCUGUGUUCUUUGUUCUUAGUGAGUUUUAAGAAGACAGAGCUCCAGAUUCCAGAUUGAGUUCAGCAGCCACAGUGGAGAUCUGCUGGACUUCAGGACCAGAGAGGAAUGGAGGAGGACGACCAGGAGCAGCGGAGCAACGAGGUCCCCAGAAGACCAGCAGCAGACUGGGCCUCUGAUAGCAGCCAUGUUCAGGAUCCAGAGGGAGUCCAGCAGCCACAGUGGAGAUCUGCUGGACUUCAGGACCAGAGAGGAAUGGAGGAGGACAACCAGGACCAGGAGCAGCGGAGCAACGAGGUCCCCAGAAGACCAGCAGCAGACUGGGCCUCUGAUAGCAGCCAUGUUCAGAAACGGAUGGGAGAGGGACCCAGAUAUCACGACUGUCCGAACUGUAAGAAAUCCUUCACAUCAUCAGAAUCUUUAAAGAAUCACCAGCGCAUUCACACUGGAGAGAAGCCGUACAGCUGUGAUCAGUGUGGGGCAGCUUUCAGACUACAGAGUCACCUAAAAUACCAUCAACGCAUUCACACUGGAGAGAAACCGUAUGGCUGUGAUCAAUGUGGGAAAACAUUUGCUCAGAGUGGUAGUCUUAAAGUUCACCAGCGCAUCCACACUGAAGAGAAACCGUACAGCUGUGAUCAAUGUGGGGCAGCUUUCAGACGACCGAUUUUACUAAAAUACCAUCAACGCAUUCACACUGGAGAGAAACCGUACAGCUGUGAUCAAUGUGGGAAAACAUUUUCUCAGAUUGGUAGUCUUCAAGCUCACCAGCGCAUCCACACUGGAGAGAAGCCGUACGGUUGCGAUCAAUGCGGCGAAAAAUUUUCUGUGAGCGGAAACCUUAAAGCUCACCAGCGCAUUCACACUGGAGAGAAGCCGUACAGCUGUGAACAAUGUGGCCAAACCUUUUCUAUGAGUGGUCACCUUGUAUCUCACCGACGCAUUCACACUGGAGAGAAGCCGCACUGGUGUGAACAAUGUGGGAAAAUGUUUUCUACGUCUGGCCAACUUCAAUCUCACCUGCGCAUUCACACUGGAGAGAAGCCGUACUGGUGUGAACAAUGUGGGAAAACCUUUUCUGAGGGUGGUAGCCUUCAAUCUCACCUGCGCAUUCACACUGGAGAAAAGCCGUAUUGGUGUGAACAAUGUGGGAAAACCUUUUCUGAGGGUGGUAGUCUUAAAAAACACCAGCUCAUUCACACUGCCUCGUUGUGAACAUGUUCCAGAGCCAAGCUGUUUCCUCCUCCUCAUGCCCUGAUAGCUGUGUUGUUAUAUUCUGAUCUUCUCUCCACAUUGAAGGCUGAACAGCAGUAACUCUAUCUUCUGAACAGCUUAAGAGCGGAUUCUGGCCCUGUCCCCCCCCGCUCUCGUCCCCUUUACAGGCGAGGCGAAGCUCGUCUCCAACAAACAGUGACUAUUGAGUCUUGUAACUGCGAGGUAUUUUCCGACU